AUGGAGAAGAUGAUGCAAGAUAUUGAGAAAGGAGAGGUAUUCCCUUGUCCACUAGAGAAAGGAGAGGAAUCCCCUUGUCCACUAGAGAAAGGAGAGGUAUCCCCUUGUCCACUAGAGAAAGGAGAGGUAUUCCUUUGUCCACUAGAGAAAGGAGAGGUAUUCCCUUGUCCACUAGAGAAAGGAGAGGAAUCCCCUUGUCCACUAGAGAAAGGAGAGGUAUUCCCUUGUCCACUAGAGAAAGGAGAGGAAUCCCCUUGUCCACUAGAGAAAGGAGAGGUAUUCCCUUGUCCACUAGAGAAAGGAGAGGAAUCCCCUUGUCCACUAGAGAAAGGAGAGGAAUCCCCUUGUCCACUAGAGAAUGGAGGGGAAUCCCCUUGUCCACUAGAGAAAGGAGAGGUAUCCCGUUGUCCACUAGAGAAAGGAGAGAAAUCCCCUUGUCCACUAGAGAAUGGAGGGGAAUUCCCUUGUCCACUAGAGAAAGGAAAGGUAUUCCCUUGUCCACUAGAGAAAGGAGAGGUAUUCCCUUGUCCACUAGAGAAAGGAGAGGUAUCCCCUUGUCCACUAGAGAAUGGAGAGGAAUCCCCUUGUCCACUAGAGAAAGGAGAGGAAUCCCCUUGUCCACUAGAGAAAGGAGAGGAAUCCCUUUGUCCACUAGAGAAAGGAGAGAAAUCCCCUUGUCCACUAGAGAAUGGAGAGGUAUUCCCUUGUCCACUAGAGAAUGGGGAGGUAUUCCCUUGUCCACUAGAGAAUGGAGAGGAAUCCCGUUGUCCACUAGAGAAAGGAGAGGUAUUCCCUUGUCCACUAGAGAAUGGAGAGGAAUCCCGUUGUCCACUAGAGAAAGGAGAGGAAUCCCUUGUCCGCUAG